AUGGCUACCCAGAGCGAAGCUUUCAAGACGGCCGUCGUCGACUCCAAGAAGUUGACCGCGAAGCCCAGCAACGACCAGCUCCUCGAGCUCUACGGUUCGCACUCCCCCACUUCCCCCUUGCCCCUCCCAUCCGUUUCUAUCCUGCUAACCAGAACUCGCCCUACAGCCCUCUUCAAGGUCGGAUGCGGCGAGGACAUCUCAACUGUCACCGCUCCCGGCGCAUUCGACUUCAAGGGCAAGUACAAGUACCGCGCCUGGAAGGAGCUCGUUGACGAGGGUAUCUCUGCCGAGACCGCCCAAGAACGCUACGUCGUCCUCGUCGAGAAGCUCAAGGCGGAGCUCGGCUACGAUGCGGAGAAGGUUCCCGAGACUGUUGGUCAGGACUAA